UAAAUUUUGAACAAGUGCAGACACUGCCACUAAAGUUUGCUGCAUGUGAACAUAUGGGGAAUAAACAGAGCAUGAAUAUGCACAGGAGAGACUAGAGAGGUCCCACUUAAGCUGUCUUCAUCCAUCCAUUACUCUAUCAGUUCAUCCUGAGCAUUGGCAACAUACACAUGCUGUCUUCUUGUCUUGGACACACACUAUAAGCAGAUCUCUCAAUUCUAUUCAUGUACGAAUGUCAUCAGAGAGAGAGAGAGAGAGAGAGAGAGAGAGAGAGGUGUAAUUCCCUUUCUCCCUCCGUGCUUUUAUUAUACUCGUUGUCUCCGCCAGAAGUGCUCCGUGUUCCGUUACCAAGAUAAUCACGGAUCACGAGGCUCGUCGUUCCGUCCCCGCGUCUCCCGUUACCGGAGUCUCGGGAAUGUCGAAUCCCAGGAAAGACUUUGACGUUAAGCAGAUCUUGCGCAUCCGCUGGCGAUGGUUUGGCCACCCCACAUCUCCUCCUCCCGUUAACCAGCCUUCGGGAGAUCUUUUCAGCAGCAGCAUCCGUGGCACCGGGGGCUCCUCAUCCUCCGGCGUGGAUCAGCCCUCCCUUGGCGGCUGCAGCAGCUCAAACGCCGCCGCCGGUACCAGCUCGAAUAACGGCAACUCUUCCUCCAACAUAUACAACAACCGAAAGUUUGGGGAUUCGGGUCCGAACGGCGGACAGUCGGAGGUGGUGGUAGUGGGCGCCUCCGCGUGUCCUCGGUCCAUGAGCCAGCAGGAGUGCCGGAGCCCCCCGCCUGUGCCUUGGGUCUUCCCUGCCCACUCGCGCUCCAGCGAGAGCCUGGAGCCGCUCCAGCAACAGCAGCAGCAACAGCAACAACAGCAGCCGCAACAGUCCACGCGUGUAUCAGACGCUCCUGGCCCUGGAGACGAGGAGAACAACAACCACAACGUGGAGUCUGACUCGAGCUCCUGCAGGACAUCAAACAGCAGUGUGACGUUGUCCUCAUGUGUGUCGAUGGAGCCGUGUGUGUCAGAUGAACACUUCCAGGCACACAGUCAUGCUGAACACACCUUCAUACGCAUGGAGACCUACUUGAGAACCAGGAAGCUCUGUGACGUCGUGCUUCUCGCCGGGGAACGCAGAAUACCAGCACACAGACUGGUUCUCUCAUCAGUGUCUGAUUACUUUGCGGCCAUGUUUACCAGUGAUGUCCGAGAGGCAAAACAAGAGGAGGUCAAACUGGAGGGUGUGGACCCAGAUGCUUUAUGGGUCUUAGUUCAGUAUGCCUACACAGGACGUUUGGAGUUAAGAGAAGAUACUAUAGAGAGUUUGUUGUCAGCUUCCUGUCUUCUGCAGCUAUCUGCAGUGGUGCAGGCCUGCUGCAGUUACCUGAUGAAACAGCUUCAUCCCUCCAACUGUCUGGGCAUUCAGUCCUUUGCAGAUGCUCAGGGCUGUCUGGACCUCCAUAAGGUGGCACAUAACUACACUAUGGAGCACUUUAUGGAGGUCAUGAGGCAUCAUGAAUUUCUGCUCUUGCCUGCGUGUGAGGUGGAGAAGCUGUUAGCUUCUGAUGACAUGAAUGUUCCUGAAGAGGAAACCGUGGUAACAGCCCUGCUCAGCUGGGUCCAUCAUGACGCGCCCACCCGUCAAUCACAGCUGCCUGCUCUCCUCGCUCACAUCCGCCUACCCCUGCUUAAACCACAGUUUUUGGCUGAUAUGGAGGCAAAUCCCUUGUUACGGGACAGUGUGGAGUGUCAGCGGUUGGUGAUGGAGGCCAUGAAGUAUCAUUUGUUGCCAGAGAGACGGCCGCUCCUCCAGAGCCCGAGGACACGGCCUCGCAAGGCCACUGUAGGAGCUCUUUUCGCUGUGGGUGGCAUGGACGCCACAAAAGGGGCCACCAGUAUUGAGCAGUACUGUUUACGGAGAGACACAUGGCGGCAGGUGGCCGUCAUGAGCGGGAGGAGGCUGCAGUUUGGCGUAGCAGUUCUGGACGACCGCUUGUAUGUGGUGGGGGGGCGAGAUGGCCUGAAGACUCUCAACACAGUGGAGUGUUACAAUCCUCGCAGCAAGAGCUGGAGCGUCAUGCCCCCAAUGUCCACACACAGACACGGCCUGGGUGUUGCAGUGUUAGAAGGCCCCAUGUAUGCAGUGGGAGGUCAUGACGGGUGGAGUUAUCUCAGUACGGUAGAGCGCUGGGACCCUCAAGCUCGCCAAUGGAGUUUUGUUGCAUCCAUGGCAACGCCUCGAAGCACUGUGGGAGUUGCAGUCUUAAACAGCAAGUUGUAUGCAUUGGGUGGCAGGGAUGGCAGUUCAUGUCUGAAAUCAGUGGAGUGUUUCGACCCUCAUACCAACAAAUGGAGUAGCUGUGCACCCAUGUCCAAACGCAGAGGCGGUGUUGGUGUAGCAACGUGGAAUGGUUUCCUGUAUGCUAUUGGUGGCCAUGAUGCCCCAGCUUCAAGCUUGGCAUCACGACUCUCAGACUGUGUGGAAAGGUACGACCCAAAGACGGACAUGUGGACAGCAGUAGCUCCCAUGAGCAUCAGCAGGGACGCGGUAGGGGUUUGUCUUUUGGGGGAACGUCUCUAUGCCGUGGGUGGUUAUGAUGGCCAGGUGUACCUGAACACUGUGGAGGCCUACGACCCCCAAAACAAUGAGUGGGCACAGGUGGCGCCGUUAUGUUUAGGUCGAGCUGGAGCCUGUGUGGUUGUCGUGAAGCUUUGAAUUGCCUCCUGCUGUCAGUCAUCUCCAUGGUGACAGUCCUGGAAUAAACCUACAGUGCUCUUGAUGUUGUGUAUAUGGACAGAUCUGAGCAUCUCCUGACCAGAGCAGAGAAUGUCACACACUAUGGCACACAGCAGAAUAUUCAACUGUGGUCUCCUGUUAUGCCUUCUAGUUUAUAGGUAUCUAUUAAAAGCAGUUUAUUUCAUGGCUAUGCACAUCAAGAACUAGACUUUCUCCUUUUCUGUGGCUGACUGGGUUGAAUAAUUUAAAUGGCCAUCCAUUCAUCUGUCUAAUCAUUCAUCUGUAAUCCCUCCAUUUUUUCACAUCUUUGGCUACAUUCACACAGUCAAUCACACAGUCAGGGAUGUUUACUAACAGGUGUGACUUUCAAAUUGCCCUGUACACACAACAAGCUACAAGAGUGGCUCGAAUAUGUUUUUAUGAACGUGUACUGGAAGUAAUUUUUUUAUGUUGCUCAAAACUCAUAUGACUUUCUUCUGUGGAACACAUUUUUUACUUGAUUUGAGAGCAAGUAAAAACUUAAACUUUGUUCUCUUCAUCACACAAAGUAAUCAUAUUGCUUCAGAAGUUUUGGAAUAUAGUGCAUUAGCCCUAUCAAUUACUUUAAUUCAUUUUGCACUUUACGGUUGUCACUAGGAAUGACAUAAAAUAUCGAGAUAUCGAUUAUUGAUCGGAAAGUUAUUUUCUCAAUAUGUUUUUUGAGGCUUCAAUAUAUUAACAUUAGCCGACAUUUAAAUUAGAAGCCUAAUUUAUGUGCUUUCCGAAUUGCCGCUCUAACUUUACCAAAGUUGUGACAAGAAAUAUGAAUGAAGAGACAAAGACUACUGUGCUACGAGUAGCCCUAUUUUUAUCUCAAUAUAUGGUGGUAUAGAUCGAUAAUCAUCGGGAAAACUUUCUGAUUGUCGAUGCAUAACAAGGCAUAGAUCCUAUGCGUAGUUUUCACUCUUGCUGAUUAACAUACAGAACCAUACUCAAAAACAGGACUGACAACUGUAUUCUUCUGCUGUGAAUGUAGCCUUUUGCUGUAAUUUUCUCUGCCAACAAGAGAACAAAGUCAAAUGAGGGCGUGGUAGUGCGUGCCAGGGCCAGUUGCAUUCCCACUGUCAUUUCUGGGGCUUAAUUGUGCCUCCUCUGGGCUUAUUCAGAGACAAGAGCCAAUGGCCUUUUGGCCCACUGAUUACCCUUGGGCCAAAGAUGGUCAGCUGGGGAUUGAGGCGCAGUCCAUUUCAAAGGCGGAGCAGAUACUCAUGCUGCGUUUCAUUCAGAUCGGAUGUGGGAUAUUCCUACUUGAAUUCUCCGAUCUCCGACCAUAAAGGAAUUCCAUUGCCAGAUGCUCGGAAAAUGACGUUUAAACAACCAAACUGCAACGCUCCCUUUAGCCAGGGGUUUGACUGUCACCAGAGAGUUCUCUAAGCAACCCAACUGAUAAACAAUGCUGCUAUGCUAGCAUUUGUGUUACAGGUGUACGCUCAUCAAAAGAGAGUUUAAUUUACUGUGUUUUGUACACCUGUCACUGCAAACAUUUGUAAAACAAGCUUUAAUAUCUUGUAAUUUAGGAACUUUGACUCAUUGAUCGAUAUCAUUUAAAAAAAGUGAAUGUUUAUCUCUAAAUUUGUACAUCUCUGGGUGCCGACAUGUUUGUGUGAUGUCACGCACCUGCAUCUCAGUGAAAAAAAUUGCAGACACAUUACAAAUCUGUUAAGUUGCACAAAGGGAGAGCUUUCCAUGGUUUGAGAUCAUGGACGGUGUGCUGGGACAUCGUCCCGCUGUUAGUGGAGAGACCACUCAGGACAUCGUGGUAGUUAAAGUCGGUGAGUUAUCAACGGUUACUUAUCUUGCUUGCUAACGUUUACAUACAAUAUAAACUUGAUAUUCUAGAUAACUAGAUAACAUACGUAUUUGGUUUGGCUUGUGAAAUGGGAGGGUGUGUGACGUUUGCACCAGCGCAUCGUAUUAAGUGCAGGUUUUAGGGCAACGCUAUGGGGCUUUUGACCUGAUGGUGGGAAUGCAGAGUGAUUUCGGUCUUGAAACUCAAGGUCCGAGGCUAUUGGCCCUGGCUGACCAGUUUAUGGCCCUUUAUCGCACUGGCCCGAUAGUGGAAAAACGGCUAAUAAAUGAGUGUUAGUGCCAAUAUGAGAGUGUGUUGUGCUCUCUGGAGAUGCAAUGGAAAUGCUAAAAAAAUAAUGAAUUCUAAGUCAAUUAAAGAAUCUAACUGGAAUGUGUGCAGCCAAAUGCUCUCUCUAGAAAUAAUCUGUCAUCUAAGAAUAGCCUGAGUGCAGUUUAGUGUCUCAUGGGAAAGAAGGAUAGAGAGAGAACAGGAAAAAGUGUGUGUGUGUGUGUGGGUUCCUCCCAAUUUAAAAGCAAGCAUUCUAAAUAAUGCUUUAGCAGUGAAACCAUGGUUGGUAGCAGUGUUGGGUUUAACCUGAUUACAAGUUUUUAGUUACUGUAAUCUAAAGACUUUUUAGUCUAAAGUAGUGUAAAGCAUUACAUUUUAAACUCUUGUAAUCAGUUUACAGUUACUGACUUUUGAUUAAAGUUGUUACUUUUAAGUACAUUACUUGGGUUACACAUUUUUCAAAAGUAAUAUGAAUUAUGUAUAUUACAUUUAUUUAAGAUAUAUAUUAAUGUGUGACAAUGAAGGAAGAAAUAUAGGCAUAAUUGUCAAAUCGCUGAGCGGAAACUGUUUUUAAAAGUCACGUAAAAGUAAAGUAAUUAGUAAUGUGAUGGAUCCGACCCGUUUGACAUCAGCAUCUGGUUCUGUUAGUUUGCGUUUGGUUCGUUUGAACCAAAUUCUGAUUGUCAAAUGGACUCAGGUCCACAUUAAAAGCUCUACUGUGAAAGCACCUUAAGAUACCCUAUCAACAUAUUCUGCUUGGAAAAAGUGCAUGCUCCCGGUCAGAUUUAUUUGAAUAUAAUGCGUUUCUCUUACCUGUUUUCCUCUAAAUAAAUUGCCUUAAAAAAAAGCAACUCACAUUCUUCACAUUUGAUGCAAUGCAUUUGAUGUCAGAUUUUACAAUGACAAAAAUACUGAAUACUGAUCAAGAAGCAUCUUGAUUAGUUUUUCUACCAAAAUCACAUUAACUUUUUCUAGAGGUUGCAAAACUGAUCAGUAAAUGGACAAAUAAAUAUAAAGAUGAGCUUAGAGAAAAGGAACAUGGGCAAAAUCUAUGGAUGGAAGGAAAAAGUUGGGAGAGAAAUGCAAGAGAUGGAAAUUGGGCCGCAUGCCGAGAGUAGAAAUUCACUUUAGCGUUAUCAGUCUAUUAUAAGCGUGCAUGUCUUCGAUUUAUAUUUAAUUUAUCUGCCCGAAGACAGUCAGAGCACAUCAGCAAUAUUGCAUGUGAAUAUGAUAAUUAUACCUACAAGGGAGCAACACAAUCUUUCAUUAUUCCCCAACUCGCUUCAAGCUCAGAGAAAGAACAGCAUAACAAGGUCUAAUGCAUAUUCAAAACCUCUGAAUCAUUGUUUCUAUUUUCUGAAGUUGGAAAAGCAUCCCAGUACUCAGCAGUGAAGGAAGUUAACAGCACAGCAGUGAAAUGCUGUUUCUGUAGCAGUUCAGAGGUAUUUUGUCAGAUUUAGCAAAAACGUUCAUUGUAAAUGGUUAUUGUGUUUUUUCCCCUUAUGUUACUCAAAGUUCUAUUCAUAUUUCUUUUUUCGUACAGCAAUUCAUCUUCAAAAUAACUGAGGAUAUUUUAGGUCACUGUCCAUUUAAUGGAAAUACAUUCUGCCCAAGAGCAGGAAAAGGGAACAAAGGCUUAGAGCAGAUAAACCAAGAUUUAGAUGUACAUCCCAAAAUUCAUCUCCCUUUCAGUGAACUCAAGUAUGUGAAAAAAUACACAAUGCAUUGAGACAAGAAAAUUAUGUGUGUAAUACAUAAAUAUUAUUUAAUGAUUCUCUUAUACCACUUUUACAUUAAAAAUUGUGUUCAUUGAUGUACUUCAUUACUACUGGGCACCAUGCAUUAUGCCAAUCGUAAAUGUAGAAGAAGCAGAACAUAUCAAAAGAUAAUACAACAGCUUCGAAAAAGACACCAAACACAUAUUGAUGUGUAAAAUGUAUAGAGCACCUUUAUUUUAUACAGUGUUAAGUUGAAUCUUGUGGAAAAUGUAAACAGUUUGUAAAAAAUUGUAACACAGCAGUUUAACUUCA